GCUUCAUGUCGAGGAGGCUUUUGGACUCAUAACCUGUCUGCUCGGGACUUCAGCUUCUGUGCGCGUGUCGGUAUAAUGUCGCUACCUCUGCCGCUGAGGACGCGCAGCUGAACGUGAAUCUCGUGGAUCCAGCCGGUGUGUUAUCAGAAAGGUGAAAGCACCUUGCAUCCAGCCAUGGGAGGUCAGAUCACCAGGAACACCUUCUACGAUUCUCUAAAUGGCCCAUUUCCCGUCACAUCCCACCGAUGUCACCACAAACCAAAGCGCUGCCUGCCCAUCCAGCCCUGCGGGAAUUUGUCCGCCUUCCCCCUGCUCUUCCAUCCCAGCACCAAGGGCUCACAGAUCGUCAUGGACAUGUCUCAGAGGACCGUCAAGAGACAGGCCAGCUUCUGUAACGCCAUCACCUUCAGUAACAGGCCAAUUGCUGUGUAUGAGCAGGUUCGACUAAAGAUCACUAAGAAGCAGUGCUGCUGGAGUGGUGCUCUGCGUCUUGGUUUUACAACCAAAGAUCCAUCGAGGAUCAACCCAGACAGCCUACCGAAGUACGCCUGCCCCGACCUCGUCUCCCAGAGCGGUUUCUGGGCCAAAGCGCUGCCAGAGGAGCUCUCCAAUGAGGGAAACAUCAUCUCCUUCUGGGUGGACAAGAAGGGUCGGGUGUUUUACAGAAUCAACGACUCGAGCCCAAUGCUAUUCUUCAAUGGGGUGCAUGUCUCUGAACCUCUGUGGGCUCUCAUAGAUGUUUACGGCCUCACCAGGGGGGUCCAGCUGCUCGACAGUGAGAUGGUCCCACUAGACUGCCUGCGUCCUCAUUCUUUUGCUGCCGCCCACAGGGCUUCCAUUCAGCAAAACACAGAUGACCCUCGUCUUUCCAUCAGCCUGUGUGACCUCAGCCUGCAGCAGCAGGAUGCACAUCUGGAGGAAGAUGAUGAGGAAGAGGAACGGCUUCAACCUUUAAGCUCCAACUCCUGCCAUGUGCCCCAAAACUCUCAAAACUCUCAGCAGUGCUCGCUGCUGCCCAGCCAUUUGGAUACUGACUUGCACUUCCACUCGGUGCACGGCAUCCAUGUUACGGCACUGGAUAAGCACACGGUGGCGCGGCUCGACCACCGCGGCGAUGAGAGGACCCUGGUGUUCACCAGCCGCCCGAUACGCUGUUCAGAGACAGUGUUUGUGAAGGUGAAAGCGGGUGCUGCGCGGCCCGGGUGCCUCUCUUAUGGCGUGACAUCUUGUGACCCGGCCACCCUGAGGCAGAGCGACCUCCCAUCCAACCCAGAGUCCCUGGUUGACCGCAAGGAAUUCUGGGCCGUGUGUAGGGUGGGAUAUCAGCUUCAUGGUGGAGACAUUUUGGGCUUUGUGGUGAAUGCAGAAGGGGAGGUUAUGAUGAGCCAUAACGGUAUCGGUGCAGGGAUGCAGCUGUGUGUUGAUAACUCCAGGCCUCUGUGGAUGUUCUACGGUCUGCAUGGCACCAUCACACAACUCAGGAUCUUAGGCUCAUCUUUACACCUAGACCUUCGAGGCCCAUCAGUCCCCAGCUCCCCCUCCUGCACACCCAACACCCCCACAAUGUUUUGUGGUGGAAACUCAGACUCCAACCUUAACAUGAACAUCAACCUCAAUUCAAGCCUAAACAGCAACUACAGCGCUGUCUUUUCUUCCUCUACAGGUACAACCCCAAGCUCUCCAUUCUCAAGCCAGCCAAACUCCCCAACCUUCCCGUCCAGCUCGGGCUCUUGGAGUGACGAAUGCACCAUUUGCUACGAGAAUGUUGUGGACACCGUCCUCUAUGCCUGUGGACACAUGUGUCUCUGCUACGCCUGUGGACUCAAGCUAAAGAAGAUGGCCAACGCCUGCUGCCCCAUCUGCAGGAGGACAAUCAAAGACAUCAUCAAGACCUACCGGAGCACAUAGGACUGAAAUCU